AUGGCCAUGGGCUUCUUGAAAAAAGCCUCUCGCCUCGCGCUGCUGGUCAGCGCGGCCUCUACACUCUUUCUCUUCUUAUCACUAUACCACAUCUUGUCCCCAAGCAUCGCCUCCCCCGAGAGACUCAAAGCCGCCGCCGACACUGUCGACCACUGCCACACACCAAGGAACAAUACAAAACCUCGGAUACCGAACAAGAUUCACCAAAUAUGGAAGGACAAGGACCUGUCCACCUAUCCGCUCACGGCUUCGACAGGUGCCUGGGAGUCCACGUUUGAAAACAAAAACUACACGAUAAGACUCUGGACCGAGCAAGACAUUGUAAAUCUCGUCAAAGCAUCAUAUCCUUGGUUCCUUUCUACAUACGAAUCAUACAAGUACAACAUCCAACGCGCCGACGUUGCUCGCCUGAUGGUCGUCCACCACGAGGGGGGCCUCUACGCGGACCUGGACGCCUACCCUUCGCCCGACACCUCGGCCGAAACUAUAAACUGUCUACAAAGCCUCGGCUACCAGGUCAUAAUCGCUCCCACGAGUGAGGAUAGGGGCAUCAGCAACCACUUCUUCAUGGCCGAGCGAGAUGCCGAGUUCCUGCUGUGGGCGUUGCACGAAGCCAAAAAGAGAGCGACGUCGCUUUCCGGACGAUUCAUGCUGCCCUAUGUGGCCGUGUUUUGGUCCACCGGCCCUAUGAUGAUCACCUCGGUGAUGAAUGAGUACGCCUGGCUGUACAACCAGGCGUCAGAGACCAAAUCCAUGGCGGUGCUCAAGGACUCGUUCCUCCACAGCUUCCUUCACCACGCCGCAGGUCGGUCUUGGCAUGGCUCGGACGGACGUGCCCUCAACUACAUUGCAGAUCACUUCAACGACGUGCUUGCCCCUGUUCUACUAUUCCUUGUCGCUGUCGCCACUGCUGUCAUCAUCGCGCGGCGCUGGGGGCAGGUUCGGCCACACAUCUACAAUAUUGUCCGCAUGUCACGAUCAUGA